GAUGGUGCUUGAAAGAAUUCUCUGAGCAGAAUUCUAUAUAAAAAGGGGCAGCAGGGCAGCAGCAGACGCAGUCGAUAUAGAAAACAAGGCCCCAUUCAUCAUGAAGUCCCUCCGAUUUAUGUCCCUGGCGCUAGCUCUUCUAAUGACCACAGCCAAAACUUCGAAUAUCCCGGACCCCAAUGGGCUUUACACGAAGGUGUUCAGCAUGACCUACAACAUGGGGACUUGGAGUGAACUCAACACUUACACCCCUGACUUGUCGACCAAAGGAAUGGACAACGACAUUGAAAGUGUCCAUCAAACUGGCAUGUGGAUUUAUUACGAAAAUCAAGAUUACAACACGGUAUUCCAAGGAAAGAUUUAUUAUGUGCACGGUAUAGAAUAUUCAAUGGACUUUCCCACUCAGUACAGAAAUAUGGCCUCUUCAGCCCGCUUCGCCGGCCACAGGGACGUCCUGAACGCCGACGCCUGGAACAUCUACGAAGGGCAGUACUUUGCCGGUAGGGAGCUUUUCGGUACUAACGACGAGGCCAGCCUGGGAGAGCUUGACCUUCAAGCUUCCUCGAUUGUGGUCACUGGUACAAGCGCUUGGACUGUGUACACAGGCCAAUCCUUCACGGGCCAGGGGGUCUGCGUUUAUCCUGACACAGUUCACGACCAUGGGCCUUCGGGAGAGCAACUUGAUGUCGGUAUUUUUGGAGUCGUAACUGCUCUUGGACUACCUGAAGACAGCAUCCGCUCCAUACGAAAGGGUUGCUGGUCAAGCAAGGUUGCUACUCCUUCAGACCUCAGCUACCAACACAAAGACUCUAAUGGUGGUUGGGGAUACGUUGAAUUCUAAAAUGCAGACACAGGCUCCAAGACAACGGUUCAUUUGCAAGUUUAAAUUUAUGAAUUAUGGGCAACUUUUUUGGGAACUAAAAUUAUAUUUGGGUGUUGUGCUGCAGGUUUCUGACCAGCUCAUCCAUGGAUAUGAAAAUUCACAACCUUCAACUAAUAUUCCAUCAGGAAAUCUGAAGGUCAUCUCUUUCACCUCUUUGUAACAAGAAGCUGUUAUAUAUUUGAAACUUAUACCCAACAUGUACUCUUGCAACCUAAAUAUAAAAUGUACUUAACAA